UUUUUGCACCGCACAGUGGAGCGAGCAGCGUACGCGCCGCGCGGUCCAAAACGAGGAGGACGCGGCAUAAGUGCAGCGUUACAAUAGGACACGAUUUACGAGCGAUGAUGCGGGGAUAGACCAGCAAAAAACUCAAAUGUCUAUCAUAUGUUCCCCGAAUAGAAUAUGGCGCCGUCUGGGUCGCGUAGUAUCAAGCGGAGCUGUCAGAGAGUUCUGUAUUGGAUUCCGGUUUUUUUUAUUACUCUAAUAGUGGCUUGGUCCUAUUACGCCUAUGUUAUCCAGCUUUGCAUAGAAUCCAUUGAAAACAUUGGAGAGAAGAUUGUGUACCUGCUGGCGUAUCAUGUGGUCUUUAUCAUGUUUGUGUGGGCCUACUGGCAGACCAUCUUCACCAAGCCUCUGAAUCCCCUGAAGGAGUUCCACCUGUCCUACUCAGACAAAGAGCUCCUGGAUCGUGAGGACCGUGGGGAGUCUCAGCAGGAGAUCCUGAGGAGGGUGGCCAAAGAUCUGCCUAUAUACACACGCACCAUGUCUGGAGCUAUUCGUUUCUGUGACCGCUGCCAGCUGGUCAAGCCUGACCGAUGUCACCACUGUUCUGUCUGUGAUAAAUGCAUCCUGAAGAUGGAUCACCAUUGUCCAUGGGUGAACAACUGUGUUGGUUUCUCCAACUAUAAGUUCUUCAUGCUGUUCCUGGCCUACUCCUUACUCUACUGUCUGUUCAUCACAGCGACAGAUCUGCAAUACUUCAUUAAGUUUUGGACGAACGGUCUUCCAGACACACAAGCCAAGUUCCACAUCAUGUUUCUGUUCUUUGCUGCCUCCAUGUUCUCUGUCAGCCUGGCCUCUCUGUUUGCCUACCACUGCUGGCUGGUCUGCAAGAACAGGUCCACCCUGGAGGCAUUUAGGGCCCCUGCGUUUCGUCACGGGACAGACAAGAACGGCUUUAGCCUCGGCCUCAGUAAGAACUUUCGCCAAGUGUUUGGUGAUGAGCUGAGAUACUGGCCACUUCCCAUUUUUUCCAGUCUUGGAGAUGGCUGCUCCUUCCCCACUUGCCUUGUGAACCAGGAUCCUGAGCAGCCCACCACACCUGGAGUGCAUCUCCCCCACAGUAAGGGUGCUGGAGAGGUCCACCAGUUUCCAGCCAAACCCCUGAGGGAAUCCCAGAGCAGGCUGCUCAGUGGCGCCACCUCCUGGACAGAGAGUGACCAUGCAGAAGACAAAGAGAGAAAGGGCACGAGCAAUCCAGGCAUGACUAUUGAAAAUGAAACAUAGCCACUGUGAGGAAUGACAGAAUUUACCCUGCAAGACCUGUGACGUGAUGACCAACCUCUUUGCUGGCCCCAGUGAUCUGAGUGCCUAUAGGAAGUACAGGUGUGAUAAUAUGAGAUCUGCUAACUGAUGUGACCUCCUGACACACUGCUCUGGUUGGUUGCUGCUUUGGAAAGGGCUUUGUGUGAUGCUAUUUUGGCUCUUCCCACUAUUGCCGACAAACCCAUCUUACUAAGGAAGUGUAGUUGUGAUUUUGUAAAAACAAAUACUGAGAAGAACAUAAACAUUUACUUUAACAUGGUUCAGCCUGUUAAAUGUAGGUUGACUACAAUAUGGAGCAUGACAUUACGUAAUUAGCACGACAGGUAGAGUGACUAGUUGCAUUCCAACAAUCAGAUUUUUUAAGGUUUAUAUUUGGAGAAGCACAGUGCAGUAAUGUAAAGAUAGCAUUUAUUUGCACUUUGCAUAGUGGUUAAAAGCUGCUUUUUAUUUGUGUGUCUGUAUACAGUAUCAUACAGAGAUCAGCUAAAUUAUGUUUAUCUCAAGCUUCCAAACUACAGUAUACGAUUUGUUAUGACCAAUGUUGUUAUGUUUUCAAUUUAAAAAGUAUUCUACAGUAUUUGAAUCUAAUGUUUGAGUUUUCCAAACAAACAAAAAAUUUGAAGAGAAAGUGAAUGCAUUACGUUCAAGACGAAAUAUUGAGAAAGAUGUUACAGAACAGGACAUGUAUGAUCUGUCUUUCUAAAAACAACAUUAAACAUACUGAUGCAUGCUUCCUACUCAGGAUGUUCUCCAUGUAUAAGGAGGAAGUUGGUGUAGCAUCAUUGAUUCAGUUUUAGUGGUCAAUAUUAAAAUGUAUGGUACAUUUAAAGUUGCAUAGCUAUUCUCUCUCUGUUUCAAUAAAGGGCUUUGUACCUCAGGAGGAUUCCUGUGUUGCAGCAUGAGUGAGGCUAUUCUGUGGCCUCUAAUAGACUCCAUAGAUUCCUGUUGUACUGUACACGUGAUAAUUUUUCUGAUGCGACACUUUGCUCGUCGCCAUGUCAACUGUUCCUCAAGUGCUGCACAGUAUCUGUCAAACUGCCAGCCAAAGAACCCUGAUAGCUUUUCUUCAGACAGCUGACAUGUCCACUAAGGUCACAGGCUUGGUGUCUGCCUGUGUAGACCAGAUAUGUUUGGAGGCUUUUUGUCAAGCUCAUGUUGAAACGCUGGAAAAAAUAACUUCUGGUUGUUAUCAUUUGCAUUCUAUCUGCUCUGUAGCUGAGGGAUAAUUUGACUGUACUUCAUGGCUAUUAAUAGAUACAAUUUGGACCAUUUUCCUCCCAGUAAUGACUUGGAUAUACUGUAUGUGUAUUCUGAGAUGCUUGAGUUCUGUAAUCAUGUUGAAUCUCUAUUUUUGUAACAUUCCCUCUGUGUAUCUGUCAGAGACCAACACCUGUAUAUGUGUGGCUAUGUUCUGUACAGUUGUGAUGCCUUAUCAGAAGAGAAAUAAAAUAUCCCAAAUUG